AAUGUUUGUCUGCGUAGAUCUUUAUUGUGCGCAACACAGUCAGUAGUAAUACGAGCAAAAAAAUAUUUUAUGUGAAAACAUCUCAAGUGAAUGAAAAAUAAUACAUUUUUACUUAAAUUCCUCAAAAUAUAUUAAAAAAUAAUUUAAAUAAUUAUGGAAAAGUGAUAAAAAAUGAAAAAGCUAACAAAACCAAAAAAGUGUUAGACAUAAAGUACAAGAAAAAGAAUCAAGGCAGAUGAUUGAAAAAAUUUUAAAAGAAAAAAGUGCACAAAAGAAAAAAUUAAGAAAUUCCAAUAUAAAAUUAUGAAUAAGUGAAAUGGCAAACGACAAUUUAAUAAAGAAAUAAAUUAAGUACAGGCGAAAAAAAAAACAUUUACUUAUUUUUAUAAUUUAUAAUAGAAAAAAAGGUUUCAAGUGGCGAAAAAUGGGUGUUGCUACAACUACUACAACAACAACGACAACAAAAGCAGUAAUAGAAACAAUUUUACAACAAACAACAGUAGCAGUGAGUGGCAGCAGCGGCAAUGGCAGUAGUCAUCAAUUGUAAAAAAAAUAAUAAAUAAAUCUUGUCAUCUCUGUUACUUUGUUGGCCUUUAAAUUGCGUUCUUUAAAUUAAAAAGGAUAUGAAUUGCGUUCUUUAAAAUACCAUAAAGGAUGUCUCGUAAAUAACAACGUAGUUAAAUAUAAGUUGUAGAAAUUUAAUAAAAAUACUCAUCAAUUAAACAAUGCAAUAAAAAAUCAAAAAUAAUACUCUCUGUGCGGUUAGAGAAUAAACAAAAAAUAUUUUAUUAAACAAUUAACAUCACAAAUAUAUCUAAAUAUAAAAAAUAAAUAGCUAUUUGCAACAAUUUAAUCAGAUUUAUUUAUAAUUUUGUUGCUAUUUUGCAUUUGCAAUUGUCAUAAAUGAAAAAACAAUCUUACGGCAUAAAAAAUAUCCAUAUGUAUAAAAACAAAGACGAAAAGAGAAAGAAGUUAAAUAUAACAACAAUAACAAGUCUUCAUACCGAUAAACAAACAAAUACAACAAUUUUUUUUUAAGUCUGACUGACACAUUGUGUCGUUGACGUCGCCUUCGUGGUUAUUGUUGUUUUCGUACAAAGCAAAAGACAAAAAAAAACAAAACAUUCGAAAAUACAUCUUGUUGCAAUUGUGUGUGUGUUUAAUUUUAUAUAUUUUUUUGUUAUUGUAAAUCACAAAUUGUGUAAUUGCAAGAACAUCACAAUACAUUCACUCGUACGCUCUUUAAAAUACAAAGUUUUUGUUAUGAAUUUAUCUUUAUUUUUGUUUUUGCAAACAUUUUUCGUCAUAACUAGUGCGUGAGUGCGUCGUGGAUAAAUUACGUGUAAGUGCAGCACAGCUGUUUCUUUUUUGUGUCAUCAUUGAACUUUUUUUAUAAGUCGUCACGCUCGAUCUAAUCGAUCAAUUUCGGACCAGUUUUAAACUAUUUCCAUUUAUUGUUUCGGACUCCCUGCAGUGGCACUCUUUGUAGUGCCUUGAGUUCGUUUGUUAAAAAUGCCGCCCGCACUGAUUGGUAUUGCUGAGUUUGUCGAAGAGACUCGAGAUGAUUAUAAUUCGCCAACGACGUCAACAUUUGCAUCCCGUAUGCCUGAUUGUCGUCAAACUAUAGCAAUAUUGGAAGAGCGUUUGGAAUUCGACCGUGAAGGACUAACAAAACUGAAAAAGGCAGUCAAGGCCAUACACAAUUCAGGAAAUACACAUGUGGACAACGAAAUGUUUUUGGUGAGAGCCUUAGAACGUUUGGGUGGGAAAGUAAUAGAUCAAGAUGAACCUGAUAUAGGUGCUGCAUUCCUUAAAUUUUCGGUGGUAACAAAAGAAUUGAGUGCAUUAAUGAAAACUUUGAUGCAAAAUAUCAAUAAUAUUGUUAUGUUUCCGGUAGAUACAAUGCUUAAGAGUGAAUUGAGAGGUGUUAAGGGUGAAAUGAAAAGACCCUUUGAUAAGGCAGCCAAAGAUUAUGAAGCUAAAUUUAUAAAAAUUGAAAAAGAGAAAAAGGCACAAGCCAAAGAAGCCGGUAUGGUACGAACGGAAAUUGAUGCUGCCGUUGUGGCUGAUGAAAUGGAAAAGGAAAGACGUCUCUAUCAAUUACAAACAUGCGAGUAUUUGUUGAAAUAUAAGGAAAUCAAAACAAAAACUGGCAUCGAGCUGCUGCAGCAUUUUAUCGAAUACUAUCAUGCUUUGAAUAAUUAUUUCAAAGACGGUCUACAGACAAUUGAACAUUUUGGAACGUAUAUUAGUGAUUUAAGUGAUAAAUUACAUAAAAUUAAACAACGACAAGAUGAAGAUCGUCGUAGUUUACUGGAAUUGCGAACGUUAUUGCGAAGUACGCCGGAUUUUGAGAGAGUCGAGAAUGUGCCAACGGAUAAAGGAGGAGGAGGUACAGGUUAUUCCCUACAUCAGCUGCAAGGUGAUAAACAUCAUGGCGUAACACGAUCGGGACAUUUACUAAAGAAAAGUGAGGGUAAAGUGCGAAGGGUGUGGCAGAAACGACGAUGUCGUGUUACCAGUGAUGGGUUUCUUGAUAUUUGUCAUGCGGAUGAAACAAAACCACCUACAAGAGUGAAUCUAUUAACGUGUCAGAUUAAACCAGUGCCAGAUGAUAAGCGUGGCUUUGAUUUAAUCAGUUAUAAUCGUCCAUAUCAUUUUCAAGCUGAAGAUGAAGCUGAUCAAAAAGCCUGGAUGGCUGUUUUGGUUAAUUGUAAAGAAAAAGCUUUAGCUAAAGCAUUCCAACAUGCAAAUCCACAAAUGAGUCCUAGUUUAGUUGAGCUACAAAAGACUGUUAUAAGAUACGUCCAAAUGUUGCCGGGCAACGAUCAAUGUUGCGAUUGUGGCUCACGCAACGAUGUCACUUGGACUAGUCUGAAUUUUGGUAUACUGGUGUGUAUACAAUGUUCAGGCGUUCAUCGAGAUCUCGGUGUGCAUCAUUCUCGUAUACAAAGUUUAACUUUGGAUAAUUUAACUACAGCCAAUCUGUUGAUAGCUCGUGCCAUGGGUAAUCAUACCUUAAAUGAGAUUAUGGAAGCAACAUUGGGCAAAGGAAAACUAACACCUGAUAGUACAAUGGAACAACGUUAUGAUUUCAUACGAGCCAAAUAUGUGGCGAAACGUUAUGUGAUGCGCACCUGUGCCGAUGAAAAUGAUUUACGCUGUGACCUGGAACAGGCUGUUGUUAAUGCCGACAUGAGUCAACUGUUGCAAGUUUGGGCUGAGGGUGCUGAUCUCACAUGUUGUUUACCCUCCUGGGAUGAUGGUGAAACUCCACUUCAUUUAGCCGUGCUAAGAGAACAGGGUUCCACACUCCACAUUGUUGAUUUUCUCAUACAAAAUAUGCCACCAAAAGGUCUUAAUAAGGCCACAAAUCCACCCAGUAUAUUAAAUGUUACCGGAAAAAAUACCGCCUUGCAUUUGUGCGCUCUACACGAUAAACGCGAAUGUAUUAAAUUGUUAUUGCGUUCGGGAGCCGAUUAUGAAUUGCGUAAUUCACAAAAUAAAACAGCGCUGGACAUAGCCAAAGAAAUGGGCCAUACCGUGUGUAAAGAAUUGAUUGAAUGUGCCAUGAGACGGGAGAAAAGUGCUUUCGAUCACAUUAACACUGAUUGGAAUCUGCCGAAUGAAGAUGGUUCAACAGAUUUUUCAGAUGAUGAUACUGUGAUUGAUGAACGUAAACGCUCCCGUCCACCAAGUUUCGCUGGUGGUGAUUCACCCGUAUUACGUUCUCGUUCCUCAACUUGUGAUUCUAUACAGAGUAGUUCUAGUCCAAUAGCCAACUGUCCUACUCGACAGUUUACAUUGCCCAUGUAUCAACAGUCAGCCGGGACAUCGCCAAAACAACAAAUGUCACUUGGUCAGUAUUUGGGUAGUGCCGGCAACAUAAAUGCAGGAUGUACGAAUAGUGCAGCUGCUGGUGGCGGUUCCAGUCCCAGUUCGGCAUCCAGUCAGAGUGGUCGCAUGGGACCAAGAAGUAACAGUGAGUUUGUAGGUGGCGCUCGAAAAUCCACAUCUACAGCCAAUAUGAAUUCUUUGAAAAAACGUACAGCACCAGCACCACCUCCGGGUACUAGUACAAAUUCAUCGACAUUCUAUGGUACAUUGCCGCAUGCUCCCCGACAUUCACAAAAUUUCGAUACAAACGAUAUACGAACGCACAAUCAAAAGAAUCAAUCGAUGGAUGCCAACUAUGGUACAUUGCCACAUUUACGUUCCGUAGAUAGUAGUCCUCGCAUUAUGGGUCACAAUAGUUCAGCAUCACAUGGUGGUGGUUUCUAUGAACGUUUCGAUAAACUCGUUUCACAGGAUCCGAAUGGUGGACCACCCCCCACAAGCCAUCACAUAUUGCCAGCCAUGACAACAUUUGGUCAUAAACGCUCGCCCAGUGGUGAGUCGCUGAAUCGAAAUUUGCACUUGGCUGGUGCAAAAUUAGUAUUACCACCUGCAGGUGAAAUACCAACAUUGAAACAUGUUGAUAAAUCUGCUUUAACACGUCCAAAAAUACCACCUCCCGGACCGCCAUCAUCAGAUCGUGAAAUAGCGAAUGGUCAAUCGAAUGAAAGUAUUAGUUCUAUGGAUGAAGGUCCUAUUGCGCCACCCCGUAAGCGCAAACAUAACAGGUUAUUGAAAUUAUCACAACCCAGUGAGGAAACGUUAAUGAAUCAGUCAACAAAUUAUGCCGAUUAUGAAUCAUGGCACACAGAUAUGGAUUCAUCUGGAGGCGGUUUAGAUCACUCAGCCGAUUCAAACUUAUCAUCUAGUGAUAAUGAUCGUAUCAACUCAUCACCUGAUAAUCUAUUAAAAGGCACAAGUACGAGUGCAAAUAAAUUUAAUUAUACUGGACAUCGUCGUUGUCGUGCUUUAUACGAUUGUUCGGCUGACAAUGAUGAUGAAUUGGAAUUUAAAGAAGGUGAAAUAUUAAUUGUGCUUAAUGAGCGCACCGAUGAUGAGAAUUGGAUGGAGGGUGUUAUUGAAGGUGAUCCCACACGUCGUGGCAUGUUCCCCGUAAGUUUCGUCCAUAUGUUACCCGAUUAAUAGUAAAAGUUGCAAACUAAAGACACAAUCCAAACAGAAACAAACUAAAUUAUUGAACUUUAUUAAGCUAAAGAAAGAGAAUGACAUAAAUUAUUAUUAUUGUACGUGUUGUAAAGGUAUUUAAAGACAUGCAAGACAUAAAAGUAUACAAUUUUUAAAAAUAAUAAUAAAAAAAAUGAUUUACUCAACAACAUUUUUAAUAGACAACAAACACACGACACCAUUUGUUCCGCUCCAAAAUUUUACUCCAGUAAAUAUUUGUAUGUAUUACUUAGAUAAACAUAAGAAAAAUAUUAAGAAUUUUAUAAAACAAUUAAAUAACCAAGAAGAAUAUGUUAUUGUUAGUAAAGCAAGAAAAAAAAAACAAAACAAAAUAUAAACAAUUGGUAAGGCAUUUUUUUUUGAAAGCAAACCUUUAGUGCUAAAUGCAUUAGAAAAGUAUAACUAUUUUGUUUUAUUUUGUUUGUGCUUUUAUAAAGUUGUAUGUUGUAUAUAAGAAGAAUACAUCAUUUAUGGUAUGGUUUUGCUUACCUCAAACAACUCUUCCUCCACGUCCUCCUUCUCUUCUCUACUGUAUAGUAUUAAUUAAUUCUAAUUGAUUUAUAUUUUUUCUUAACAACAACUUGUAUUAAUUGAAUGUUAAAUAAUUGUAAAAUAUAUUUUAACUUUAAUCUAACACACUUUUAUAAGUUUUACUUUAAUAAACCAAAUCUUUCUAAUGGAAUUCAAUGAUUGGUCAUAAUUUAAUAGAAUAGUUUUGGAUUUUUGUUUAAAAAUCAAGUGGAAAACUAUUUGUGUAGAUGUCGGGGAAGGAUAAAUAAAU